AUGAUGAGAGAAGGUUCAGACCGUCCUGAUAAAGGAAAGGGGGUAGCAAGGCCUAAAAAGAGGCAACGACAGGCCCCAAAGUAUGUACUUAGGGUGUCUACUACACUACCUACCCCUACAGUACACCUGCUUCCUUCCUCUACAGUACACCAUCCUCCUACCUCUACAGUACACCCGCCUCCUACCCCUACAGUACACCCGCCUCCUUGCUCUGCAGUACACCCUCCUCCUACCCUUGCAGCAGACCCUCCUCCUACCCCUAUGAUUAUUACCCCCACUCCUCCCCCUGACCUUACUUCUAUACCUUCCUCAUCUUCUAUACCACCUUCUGAGACUGCCACACCAUCUACUGAUCUAGAUUUAGCUGGUGAUGAUGAUGGUGUUGAUCCGCCCCUCCAUGAUCGACCAUGGAUUGAGCCAUAUGGCAAAGGGUUUCUUCCAUCCAGGGUUGCUUCCCAGGCCAUCACGCGAUUGAUUAAGCAACAGUAUUUGAGUCCAUGGCCUACUUGGGGAGCAAUACCUAAAGACAACAGAAAACCAUUCUGGGAGCGUUUUAAGGCACAAGCUCUGGGACGGGCGAUCCAUGUUGAUGAGGUCUUUGCACAGACCCAUGUUCGAAAGGGCACUAAUGAAUUUGUUGAUGAAAGAUCUCGGAAGACUCAUGUAAGCAAAUAA